UCUCACUCACUCACUCACUCACUCACUCACUCUAUCUUUCUCAUUAUUUAUCUUUCUCUCUCUGACUCUUUCUCUCUCACUCACUCUCUUCUCUUUCUAUUUCGCUCGCCACGGCUCCGUCGCGUCUAUCGUUCGUUCGACUCGGUAGAGGCAACAUCGCGUCGCGUACGAUCGGUAAAUUUCAUAGGUUAUUCGAUAAUUACGAAUGAGAAAACAUGUAUCGUUCGUCCGCGUGUAAAAGGUGAACGAAAGAGACGAGAAUGCGUCGGCCGUGAAACCAACGAUGAACUGUAUAGUUUUGUGCGAAAAGAUAGACGGAUAGAUAGAAGAAAGGAGUAAGUGAGUGAGUGAGUGGAGCAUUAUAGUGGUCAAGAUGGCGGAAUCAAGUUAUUAUCAGGGCGAUUACAUCAGGCACCCAGUGCUUUACGAACUGUCGAGCAAGUACGGAGUUGCUGGCAGUGAUCAAGUGCCCUUGCCUGCUCGUCUCGAUGAACUUCGGGAACACAUACGCAGAGAAAUACGUAAGGAAUUAAAAAUAAAAGCUGGUGCUGAGAAGCUUAGGGAGGUUGCAACCGAUCGCAAGGCGCUAUCGGACGUCGCGACUAUCGUGAAGAAGGCCAACAGCAAGUUGAACGAGCUACAAGCCGAGCUCCAGCAGCUCGAAAGUCAAAUUAUACUGACGCAGGGCCAGCCACAGUCGCCGCAACAAAAUCACUCCAACGGUCAAGACACACCUCUGUCACCAAUGGGGCCUUCGUCACCGAGUCAGGAAGGUCUAUUCACGGAUCUUCGACUUUUAUCCUUGGAAAAGCAGCUUAACAUCGAAUUGAAGGUAAAACAGGGCGCAGAAAAUAUGAUACAGAGUUUGACGAGUGGGCACAGAGACAAGAAAUUACUUCAAGAAGCUCAGCAGAUGCUUGACGAUUCCCGCGCUAAAAUUGAGUUCCUACGCAUGCGCAUAAUGAAGGUGCGACAGGCGCGCCAGCAACAACACGCUCGUGGCGACGCGCCACCUCCGAAUGGUGAAACAACUGGUAACAAAGAUAGGUACGAGCCCAGUUUGGAACUUGCUUUGGAGGAACGCGUUGAAGAGUUGCGGCAUCGGUUGAGAAUCGAAGCAGCCGUUGUGGAAGGUGCAAAGAACGUAAUACGUCUUCUGCAAAGUGCCAAAGUUGCUGAUAAGAAGGCUUUAACAGAGGCACAGGCAAGUCUCGCGGAAUCCAGUAGAAAAUUGGACUUACUUAGAUUAUCUCUUGAGCUUAGAAGACAAGAAUUACCACCAGACAGUGGUACUGCUGCCCAAUUAAAGAGAGAACUAGCAAGUGUACAAUCGGCAAGUCCUGUUCCUGUAACUUACACAUCCUUACAACCAUUUCGUGGCCCAUUGGAAGGUAGGGCUACGGUACCUGCAUCAGUUUCUAGAUGUGCUGCAGUCACCGGCCAAUUGGAGGUAAGAUUAAUGGGAUGCCAAGAUUUAGCGGAAGAAGUUCCUGGACGUACGAGAAGAGAACAUCCGGCCAGUCCUGAUUUACGCAGCUUCGUUAAAGGAGUAACAGGACGCAGUUCGAGUAAAUCUUACAGUGUGAAAGACGAAACGAGUAAUGAUAUUAUGGCGGUUAUAAAACUGGAUAAUCAAACCGUAGCACAAACUAGUUGGCGACCGUGUUCCCAACAGGCUUGGGACCAAAGAUUUUCUAUCGAACUAGAUAAGUCGAGGGAACUUGAAAUAGGCAUUUAUUGGAAAGAUUGGAGAUCAUUGUGUGCAGUGAAAUUUUUACGUCUAGAAGAAUUUAUCGACGAUGUGAGACAUGGAAUGGCACUUCAGUUGGAACCCCAAGGAUUAUUAUUUGCUGAAAUUAAAUUUUUAAAUCCGAUGAUAUCGAGAAAACCAAAAUUGCAACGUCAACGUAAAAUAUUUAAACAGCAAGUGAAGAAUUUCCCACGGGCUAAUCAAAUGAAUAUUAAUGUUGCUACUUGGGGUAGACUUCUUAAACGUUCUGCACCCUCUUUACAUAAUACAAGAAAUUCUGAAAGUCCACCGUCGGGACCACAACCGCUACAAAUUGUUUUUGAUACCUCAAUAGAAGAUAAGCCUGAAACACCUGGAGAAUUACCAGAUCCAGAAAAGGGAGGCUUAGGUGGUGCUCGACCAUUAGGAAUGGCAACUUCAACUAGUAGUCCAGUUUUACCACGUCCACCUGAACAUCCACCUCCACCACCGCCAACGGUUACUAAGAAACCUUCAAUGCCAGCGCCACCACCACCUCCAAAAUUAGAUCAGGAGUUACAGAGUGCAUUAAGGGAGUUUGAUUUCCUGCACAACGAGGAGAAAGGGGGGUCUCAGGGUGCAAAUUUGAGGCCCCUUGUGACAGAGCCCCGUCCUGUGCUGAUUGCACCACCCUCUCCACGCACACCCUCGCCCCAACCCGUGGUCGAGUUUCCUGAAGAUGAGGUCGUCUAUGAACUACCAGUUAGGCCUCUACAAUAUAGAGAUAGUGCAUAUGAAUCUAGAAGACAUUCUCAGCUCACUGGCAUGACUUUGGACAACUUCAGAUUACUUUCUGUUCUUGGUCGAGGUCAUUUUGGAAAAGUUAUCUUAUCGCAAUACAGAAAUACAGGAGAAUAUUUUGCUAUAAAGGCGCUAAAGAAAGGUGAUAUUAUAGCAAGAGAUGAAGUGGAAUCAUUACUUUCUGAAAAGAGAAUAUUCGAGGUUGCAAAUGCUACGCGUCAUCCAUUCCUGGUUAAUUUGUUCGCUUGUUUCCAAACCGAGGCACACGUCUGUUUUGUAAUGGAAUAUGCAGCAGGUGGUGAUCUUAUGAUGCAUAUACACGCAGAUGUUUUUGGUGAACCACGUGCUGUAUUUUAUUCAGCUUGCGUUGUUUUAGGAUUGCAAUAUUUACAUGAAAGUCGAAUCAUAUAUAGAGAUUUGAAAUUAGAUAAUUUGUUGUUGGAUACGGAAGGAUAUGUUAAAAUAGCAGAUUUUGGACUUUGUAAAGAAGGUAUGGGUUAUGGUGACCGAACUGGAACAUUUUGCGGAACUCCAGAAUUUUUAGCACCAGAAGUUCUCACAGAGACUUCGUAUACACGAGCUGUAGAUUGGUGGGGUCUUGGAGUACUUAUAUUUGAGAUGCUUGUUGGAGAGUCUCCAUUCCCUGGUGAUGAUGAAGAAGAAGUAUUUGAUUCGAUAGUAAAUGAUGAAGUUCGUUAUCCAAGAUUCCUUUCUUUGGAAGCUAUAGCUAUAAUGAGAAGGUUGCUCAGAAAGAAUCCAGAUAGAAGAUUAGGUAGCAGCGAAAGAGAUGCAGAGGAUGUUAAAAAGCAAGCAUUCUUUAGGCACAUAGCAUGGGAUGAUUUGUUAUUAAGACGCGUGAAACCACCUUUUGUACCAGUAAUUCAUUCUGUGGAAGAUGUUAGUAAUUUUGAUGAAGAAUUUACAUCGGAAAAGCCACAGCUCACUCCGCCUAAGGAUCCCAGACCUCUCAGCGAUAUUGAACAAAGCUUUUUCAAAGAUUUCACAUACAUGGCUGAUUGGUGCUAACUAUAGUAAUAUGCUAUUUUAUGUUCUUCCAGUAAUAGUUUAUCUUUAUUUGUGCCCCAUAAUUCAAAUAAAACUAUGUUACAUUACAUCAAGGUACAUAGGAGAAAGCAAUCAUACUGUUUAUGGGAAGAUCGAUACAUUGUGCUUUUUUACAAUAAUUAUUUUGACUAGAAAUCAAAACUUCAUAAAUUUAUGAUUAAUCAUUGAAUCUCGGAUUUUCAUCUGAAUUAUCUAAUAGAUAAAUAUUUUAUUUUGUGCCAGACAUAUAUGUGUGGCUAUAAUAUUCUAUUUUGUUUGCAUUGCCUAAGUUAUUAAAAUAUAAUCAAUUAUUUUGAAAACAGAUAUAUCAAAAAAUUAUAGGAUUCAUAGUAAGACUUGUAUUACAUGUAUAUGUUAGUAAAAACAUACGUCUAAAAAGAAAAAGAAAAAAAAAAAAAGUAACUUUCAGAAUACUAUUGUCAACUAUGAUAUAAUGCAAGAGAGAUGUAGAUAAAUAUUAUUAACACACGGAUCAUUUCUUUGCAUGUGCAUUUUUAAUAUAAAAAUUCCUACUAAGUGCAUGAGAAUAUAAGAAAGAAUAUUUUACAUAUAAAAUCAUAUAAGUAUACAACAGACAUAUUUAAGCACUGAUCAUUUACGAUCACAUUAGAAUCACAUUUAACAUUUUUUGAAAGUAAGAUGUGUCAUUUAAUUACACACUACAUAUUUUUCUUUUCGUUUUUUUUUGUUGUUUUUUUUUAUUAUUACUAUUAUUAUUAUUAUUAUUAUUAUUAUUAUUAUUAUUAUUAUUAUUAUUAUUAUUAUUAUUAUUAAUAUAACAUUUUUCAUUUGCUUACAAAUGACUAUUUACUUUCAAUCGUGGCAUGGCGAUAUCCAUGUGUGACAAAAGUUAUCGUUACAAUUGUAAUAUCAAAGAUUUUUCUACAUCGAUGCAGUUAAUUUAAAAAGAAAAAAAAAAAAGAAAAAGAAAAAAAAAGAAAAAAAAAGAAACAAAAAAAUACCAACAGUUGUUCAUGCUCAAGUAAUAUUGAAUGAAAACAACCGGGAAUAUGCACAAGAUAAAUUUUUGAAUUGCAAUUAAUAUUCAGUGCUUUAAAUAUAAAAAGAAAGUGGUAUCUCACGUAGCUUACUAUCGUUGUGAUAGAAAGAUAAAUUUUAAUAUUUUUUGUUUAUGUUAAAAUUGACAGCAUGAUCUGACGGCAAAUAUUACUUUUGUCCGAAAAAAAAUGUCACGUGUGUAUUGUUUUAUAUAACCAUAUGCUCUAUUUGCUCACAAUUUAUUAUAUUUUAGUUACAUAUACUCAUGUUUAAGCACAUGAUAAUGUAUAUGUAUGUAUUUCAUACUUAUGUGUUAUGUCUUUUACGAAACUAUCUUUCAAGGAGUAGUAAAAUGUAUGAUUUAUAAGACCAUGAGAAGUUAACUCUUUAUAUAUUAAAAAAAAAAAAGAAAAAAGAAAAAAAAAAAGAAAAAAAAAUAAUAAUAAUUUCAAGUCCAACUUCUAGUAUGUGUAUCUUUGAAUUAUUGUUAAUCUUUAUUUUUUAAUGUAAAUUCUUUAUAUUUUUCAAUUAUAAUUGAGAGAUAAGUCUAUUACAUUUUAGUUUUGGGAGAAAUUCGCGCCUUAUUUUUAAUAUUUUUAUAUAAUUUGUAUCUCUUAUGUCAUAUAAAAUAAUUUUAUGGUAUAUAUCAUAUAUCAUUAUGUUAAUAAUAAAAUAUUAAUUUCAAACAUACGAUUCUGCCAUCAGUGGCAUUUGAGAAUUAAUAUUAAUGAUACUCUUUAAAUUUGUCAUACAAAACAGUAUUUGUUUUAUUAUUGUAUACUACGAUUUUCAAUAUGUUGCGAUAAUAUUACUCUUCUAUUAUAAGUUCAUUUCUGAUUUACGUUAAAUUUUAUUUUUUUAUACACCUUUGAUAAGGUAUAUUAGAAUUGGACUUGACAAAUCUAAUAUGCAUUUUGUAUUCGUACAAGAUUGUUUAAAUGAAAUUUAAAUAUGAUCAUGCGAUAUCUAAUGUUAUUAAUCAUUUUGUUUUUUUUUCACAAUGUUUAAACAUUAUAUAUAUAUAUAUAUAUUAAUUAAAGAUUAAUGUAUAUCAUUAUUAUUUUAUAUGAAACAUGAUUUUAUGAUACAGAAUUCUGUGAUAUACUUCAAGAUUAAACAUACUUACUUUGAAACAUUCUCACAGUGUAAAUUUUGACAUUUAAAAUUGAUCUUGUAACUAUGAUUUUUAUAAAACAACAAUAACAACAAAAAAAGAACAAAGUAAAAAAAAAAAAACAUUCGGAGAAAUUUGUAGCAAUAUACAAAAAGAAAUAAUAUAACCGAAUGACAUGUGAUAGUUUCGAGUUUUAUCUCGAAUUUUAGAUGCCUUACUGCUCUAAUAAAGUAAUAACUUGGUAUCUAUUUUAUAAAGAAGUCUUGUAAAUUAUAAUCAAACCCUGUUUGUAAGAAGGUGCUCAUAUCGAAACUGUUGAUGUGCCUGCUGUUGUAUAAUUCCAAAAAAUCUAUGCUCUAGCAAUAUAAUAUUUGUAACAGCAGCAGAACAAAAUCACAGAGUCAGUAAUAUUAUAUAAAAAACAUUAUUUCAAAUUGGAAGCUUUCAAUUAUAAUCAUGAAAAAGUAAGUAUUAAAAUAGCGCAAAAGAUCAUCACAAGGUUUCUACAAUAUAAGUGCCAUGAGCCUAAUAAUGCAUAUUGAUAUAUGUAACAAUACGAUCAGAAUGAAAAUUCAGAAGUAUGAAAACAUUUUUAAAUCAAAAAAAAAAAAAAUGACAAAAAAAUAUAUGUAAUUCAUCGUACUCCAUCGUACUCCAUCAUAUUUAUAAAUACAUGCAUACAUAUAUAUAUGAGACACACAGACAUUUUACUUUGCAGAUUUGUACUAUGUAAUCUUGUUACAUUUUUUUUAACUGCCAAAGUAAAUAACUUUUACCACAAUAAGUUUUCUGCAUAAUAAAAAGAUUUGUUUUUUUUUGUCUAUGAUUACUAUGAUUCAUGAUCGACAUAUGAAACAUUAAUUAAAAUGUACUAUAAAUGUGAAACGAAUAUUUUAAUUUUUAUAUUUUUUAAACAGUAUGCAAACAAAAUUAUAUUAUUUGCAUAUUAUUUCAAAAAUAUUGUUUGGAAGAUGUACAUAAUACAUUUAUAUGUUACAGCCAUGUAGAUAAAUUUCGACUCAUGAAUGAAAUGUUUUCAAUAGUAUAUGAGUUUCGGGGUACCCAUUUUUAUAUAUAAAUAUAUAAGUACAUAGUGCUACUAAGGUAUGAAGUAGUAAUUUUUUAAUUAAUACGUUUGCUAUAAUUUAUCAUUAUGCGUUAUAACAGAUAAGAAUGUGGUAUGUGCCUCGUAUUUUGUAGAAUUUAGAAUGUCAUAGAUAACUGUUAUCAUAAAAUAAGAUACAUAUAAAGAUUUCUAAAAAUUUAUUUAUUUGAUACAUAUAUUUACAGUGGCAGCUUAUUACAUAUCACCAUAAGUAAAUUACGUAACUCUUAGUGAUAUUCUCUUCAAAUUUAUGAUCUUAUAUAUACAUAUAAGCAUUACAUGAUUCAAGAAUAAAUUUUUGAAGAAUGUA